AUGGAAGAAGCGGCGCCCAAGGUCCUUGCACAUGUGGAGGAGGUGCUUCAGGGCCACCAAGAACAGCUUCUUGCGCACAUGGAUUCCUGGCUCCAAUCUUUGGAGGUCCGUUUGGAACAGGGCACGGCCCAGGUGCCUCGAUCGAUGCCAACUUACAACGAUUUGCCAGUGGGACACCUCUACUCAGAAGGCAGCCAGGGGAAGCGACGCCCGCCAGCUCGCCUGAGCAAGGCUCCGAGCAUGAAUAGCUACGAUCGGGCGCGUCAGGCUCACACUCGCGUGGUUGAAGAGUCUGAGAAGAUUCAGAUACAGCUUCGUGAGUCCAGGAGUAAGACUCUACACGUGUGUCAACGCUACGCCCAGUGGAUAGUGGAUUCCCAGAGUUGCAACCUAUUCUUCGGAUUUGCAGUGGUGACGAAUUCGCUGCUUCUGGGCUUUCACUUGGAAUGGCAAGCUGUUACCAGAGAUUUCUCCUCGGGGGUCUCUGUCUUCACGACUCUGCAUACCAUGUACUCGCUGCUGUUCACUGUGGAAGUUUGCCUGCGCCUGACGGCUGAUGGGUUCUGGAAGUAUGUUUGGGAGUCUUCAGACUGGGCUUGGAAUUGGCUAGACAUCUUUGUGGUAUUGUCCUCGUGGGUUGAGCUGGCAUCAGAGCUGUUCCAUCACGGACAAAGCAGCACGUCCACGAACAGCAACUUGCGGAUCCUCAGGCUCUUGCGAAUCGGCAAGCUGGUACGCGUCGUGCGGGUAGUCCGCGUGGUGAAGUUCUUCAGGAGUCUACGGACUCUGGUCCAAUCUUUGCUGGGUACGAUGAAAGCCCUGUUCUGGGCCAUGCUUCUCUUAGCUCUGAUUAUAUACAUCUUCUCCAUCCUCUUCACGGACGCGGUGAUAGACCACGUGCGUGACUUGCAAGUCGAGAAGCUGAACAACACCGAGUUGGAGGAAUCUUUUGGAACACUCUACGACUCAUAUCUGACCCUCUUCCGAUCAAUCUCCAACGGGGUCACCUGGGGUGAGCCAGCGGAUGCCCUUGAGAGCAUUCCUGAAGGAACGAUUUGGGUCCAGCUCUUCCAGUUCUACAUAGCCUUCUGCAGCUUCGCUGUCUUGAAUGUAAUGACUGGCGUGUUCUGCAACAGUGCUAUCAAAGCGGCAGAACGCGAUCAUGAAAUGUUGGUCAUGUCUUUGGUCCAGAGCCGGCGUGAGCUGAAGGACCAAGUGGCCACUCUGUUCCACAGGAUCGACCAACGAGGGUUGGGCCAGGUGACCAUCGAAGACUUCGAGAGGCACUUUGACGACGAUGCGGUCAUUGCCUUCUUCGAGUCCCUGGAGAUCGGUGCCAUGGACGCCUGGACGUUGUUCUCAAGUUUGGACAUGGACGGCGACCACACCAUCAGCGUAGAGGAGUUCACCGAGCGCUGUGUGAAACUCCACGGCCCCGCGCGUUCAGCGGACUUGUAUGCGCUGCGACACAUCACGGACAAACACUCCGAGCAGCUAUAUCAAAUCGAGGACUUUCAGCAGCGUUGCCACAAGCGGUUGGACCAACUGUCGAGGGCGAUGUUAGUUCAGCACGACGAGGACGUCCACGAAAACAACGAAGAGGUUGUGAAGCAGAACUGGCUCUAG